AUGGGCAAGACCAAAGAACUUUCAAAGGACAUCAGGGACAAGAUUGUAGACCUGCACAAGGCUGGACUGGGCUACAAGACCAUCAGCAAGAAGCUUGGUCUGUUCCACAGAGCUAUAGCCCAGAGUGGGACUGCCAUCUCCAGCUGGUCUGUUAACUACCAGCCCCUCAAAUACACAAAGAUCCUUGCCCGAAAGGUGGGCUGCACCUACACAGAGACUGCCGACCUGGUCGACUGCCUGAGACGCAAGAACUUCAGGGAGCUGGUGGACCAGGACAUUCAGCCGGCUCGCUACCACAUCGCGUUUGGACCUGUGGUGGACGGAGACGUGGUGCCUGACGAUCCAGAGAUCCUCAUGCAACAGGGGGAGUUCCUCAACUAUGACAUCCUAAUAGGAGUCAACCAAGGAGAGGGGUUGAAGUUUGUGGAUGACAGCGAGGACAACGACGGCAUCUCAGCUGCAGCAUUCGACUACACCAUCUCUAACUUUGUGGACAACCUGUAUGGCUACCCUGAGGGCAAAGACAUCCUGAGGGAGACCAUUAAAUUCAUGUACACAGACUGGGCAGACAGGGACAAUGGGGACAUGCGAAGGAAGACCCUCUUAGCUCUGUUUACAGACCACCAAUGGGUGGCGCCGGCAGUGGCCACCGCCAAGCUCCACGCUGAGUUUCAGUCCCCGGUUUACUUUUACACCUUCUACCACCACUGUCAGACCGAGACACGCCCUGAGUGGGCUGAUGCCGCCCAUGGAGACGAGAUACCGUACGUGUUUGGUGUGCCCAUGAUCGGUGCCACUGACCUGUUCCCGUGCAACUUCUCAAAGAAUGACGUGAUGUUGAGCGCCGUGGUCAUGACUUACUGGACCAACUUUGCCAAGACUGGGGAUCCAAACCUGCCAGUCCCUCAGGACACCAAGUUCAUUCACACAAAGCCCAACCGCUUUGAAGAGGUCAUCUGGACCAAGUUCAACUCCAAGGACAAGCAGUACCUCCACAUCGGCUUAAAACCUCGUGUUAGAGACAACUACAGGGCCAACAAGGUGGCCUUCUGGCUGGAAUUAGUUCCCCACCUCCAUAGUCUACAUGAGGAGCUCUUCCCCACCACUACCCGCUCCCCGUCAGGCCCAGGCCCAGGAACCCACAGACCCUGGCUCAGAACACCUGGUCCUCGCACAACCCGUCACCCUUACCCCACCUUCCCCUCCGAUCCGGAGCCCGAGGGUUCGGAGCGUCCGCACCAGGACCUCUUCCCAGGAGACACCCGGGACUACUCCACUGAGCUGAGUGUGACGGUCGCUGUUGGGGCAUCGCUCCUCUUCCUCAACAUUUUGGCCUUUGCCGCACUUUACUACAAGCGUGACAAGCGACAUGAGAUGCGACGUCACAGGCUGUCUCCCACACGAGGCGGCCCUGCCAAUGACCUGGCGCACAGUCAGGAGGAGGAGAUCAUGUCCCUGCAGAUGAAGCACUCGGAGCACGACGCCCACCACGACAUGGAGCCGCUCCCCGCCUGCCCGCCUGACUACACCCUGGCUUUGCGCCGUGCCCCGGAUGAUGUACCACUGAUGACACCUAACACCAUCACCAUGAUCCCCAGCACCAUCACCAGCAUGCAACCCCUCCAUGCCUUCAACACAUUCCCUUCCACCGGCCACAACAACACCCUGCCCCACCCCCACUCGACCACCAGGGUAUAGUAGGGACUGGUCCAACACAGUGCCACCUAAGGACCAGGAGAACUGGCUCUGAUCUAGAAGUGAGGCCUCUGGAGGUGGGCCUUUUUUUUCUGUACUCUUCUUUUGUUUCUCCAAAAAGAACUCCACUUCCUUCAUCAUGUGCUGUCAAACUUAGCAGCUCCACCGGUGGUGUGUGGAGAAGUGAACUGGACUGCACGACAGCACAUGAUCCGUUUGGGGCUGAUUUAGAUCUUUCAAAGAUACUUUUUUCAAAGGUCUGCGGCUUCCAGACUAAAGCCCUCUAACAUUUGUCAAAGGGACGGAUGCUAUUCGCCUCUUGCUGUUUUCCCUUUUUUACUUUGCCGUCUUCUCUUUUUUCACCCCUUUGUCUGUUAUGUGCAUAUAUCCUUCUCUUUUCUACAUCUGUGUCUUAUCUCGGCUUUGUUGCUCUCAUCUGACAUGUGACUCUCUCCCUUUGCUCUGAGGAAUUAUAAACUACCGAGCUGUAGAAGGCCUUCUGGGUACAUAGGGUGCAUACAGUUAUCAUAUACCUAUGAAAACACUGACCAGCAUUCUUGGUGCCAAGUAUGUACUACUGUGUUUGCUUUCUCAUUGACGGAGAAAACAACCUAGAGAAGAUUCUACAGUGUCCCUAUUUACUCUCAAUUUACAGAUGCUGUGUGUUCUCAUGACAAAGUGCCAAACUGGCCCUCGAUUGUGUUUUCAGUUUUUCAUCUUCUGUUUAUCUUUUCAGGCAUUUGUUUAAUUGUUGUUUUCUUGUGGAAAGAUUUUUUUUGCUGAAAAUAUAGAUAUAGAGAAAUGAUAUUAUAUAUAGUUAUAUAUAAAUGUGUACAAAGGAGAAAGUAUAUAAAUGGGUUUUUCUCAGUGGGGAUCUAUGCAUGAAUUAUUUUUAAAGGUGAUGAUGGGGGAAAGGACACUGUAUCUGUCAAUGCACGUUUCCCAAAUCUAAUCAAAUCACAUCGGUCCAGUCUGGAUGUUUUGUUUUUUGUUUUAUGUCACACUGGACAAUAACGCCACACAAAAAUUACUGUAAUAACCAAACAAAUCCUCGUCUCUACACCCAUUUGUUCAAAAAAAAAAGUCAUUGCCAGAAUCUCAAAAGACGUUGGGGUCAAAACAACAACUGUGAACACACUCCUCUAUUCAUUUUCUCCUUCCUGUUUGUAAGCCGUUUUUUCUCCCAUCAGGGAAUGCAGCACGCCAACAGGAAGCCCUUCAUCCUACAGUAAACACUUUCUUUUGCAUCUGCAUUAGAGAUGAUUGUUUUUUAGGGUAUGUGAGGAACCAAAUCUGAUGUUGUAGCCCGCCUGUUCAGAAUUAUUUUUGUAUUUCAGUGAUGCUGACGAACAAAGCAGAGACUGGCAGCCCCUGCUCUUUUACACACACCUUCCUCCUCCUGUCUGCACCCCUAUUUCCAGCCCAAGUAUAUGUUGUGUGCGUGUGAGAGAAUGUGUGUAAAUGUGUGUGCAUGUGUGUAGACCCACCCUAAUUAGAAAGCAAAGAGAUAGAGAGGCAGACAGGUACGAUCACAUUCAUGGUAAAAACUUAGACUCCAAAAAGAGCUCUGUAUCCAAGCACCCUCCACUGUUACAACAUCACUCACUCACUCUCUUUUCCCCCUCCAUCAGUACACUUACUUUGUAUUAAAGGUGACACCCAUAUAGUGCUGAUCACCCAUACCGCCCUUGCUCCCCCACAAAACCACAGAACACCUGAUUUCACAGUGUCAGCACUGCUCUACACAAUUUCUGACCUCAGUUGGGCUUUACUUUUAUCCUCACAUUCAUGGGUUAGCUCACUAAGCUAGUAGCUUUUUGUGAGCUCCUCAGUUGUAAAUGAAACUCUAAGCACACCGAGGGUAACCUGUGGACCUUCACGGCUUGCAGCGCAGGGCUGCAAAAUGAAAAAGGGGACUUGGAUUUCCUUAACAGGGUAAAAGCAACACAGCAGCAACUGCUGUUACUGAUUCUGCUCAUAAAUGUGCAGGCCUACAGCUCAGUUAUGUCCCCCUCUGAUUCCCCACUAUGGAUCUAAAAACGUGGGUCAUGGGUAAAACCUGAUACAUUGUGUUAACUGAACUGAUGUGCUGUUGUUUGAGCCCACAGGAACACAUAGUAGCUGACGCCCAGUCUGGGAGAAGUUAGUCACCGGUGCUGUCUUUGCUUGUGCUCUCGCUUUAGCCUGUUUGUUUGUUUUCUAUUUUAUUACUGCCUAACAGGGUGGAGGGGGAGGGUUGGAAAGGGAGAUGUAUACCUGGCUGCUCCUGUCAGAGGUUUUGUACGACCUCUCAAAGUGAAAUGUGCACAAUGUAGAACACAAAAAGACUGACUUGGGUGUGCUACAGGUGGAUGGAACAGAUGAUGGACGGUAGUGCAAGGGAAGGGGCACGCUGUGGAAAACAGACUCUGGGAGGAGACUGGGGAAAGACUCACAGCCUUAAAUGUUGAAAUCAAAAGAGAGGACAAAUAAGGACAUUCAAAGGCAUGGUCGUCUUUAUACCCACAAUGUUUGCCAGGAGGAUACCUUGCUGGUCUGUUCAGAGGAUCUGAUCAGAUCCAUGUGAACCCUUUUGUACUCACGCCUGUGCAUCAGGAGGCAAUGAGGGACUGUGAAGAAACCUCACAACAACUCAGCCACAACCACACCACUGGAGGUAAGAAACAAGGUAUUCAGUUUGGGCUGGUAUUUUUCCUCGUCUAUUUUAUAAACUAUCACUAGAGGGAGCCGGUGUGUGACAGAUUCGCUGCAGUCUUCACACUCUUGGGGAACUGGAUAUGAGAAGAAAAAAUACCAAACUGGGUGGCUGAAAAGAGACAGAUACACAACAUCUGGAGGAGGAUCAAAACUGUACAUUUUUAAGUGUAAGAAUCAAACAGACAAAAUAUUUGUAAAUAUUAAGUUUCUUGUUUGUUUUUCUUUUUUUUCUUUUUUGAGUGAAUGAAUGAAAUGCUUUUUGUGACAACAACAGACAACAGGUGCAGUUUGCCAAAGUGAUGACCAUUUGCUUGAGGAUUUAAAUUCAAUGGUGAGGAAAAACUGCUUACCUUUCAAAACUUGCCAUGACAUGAACAAAUGAUUUGAUCUUGUUCUCGUGUCCAUUUAUACAUGAGCAUUCUGUAGCACCAUUUAACCAGGAAGGUCACUGUAGCACAUUCAUCUCCCCUUAUCAGAUGCAGUUAGCAUUUGCUAGUUUCCACAGUGUUUUACCUGAUCCAACUAUACUAUAACAUGUCAAAAUAUAAAAUAUAACAUGAAUCAAGCACCAGAGGAGGUUUGUGACCCUGUAUAA